AUGGCUGCCAGCGCCACUACCUCUUCCACCACCUGCGGCAGUUUCUUCAAUUUCCGAUCAUCAAAUUCCUCCGAUCGGCCAUACAGGGUCCGCGACUCCUCCAGUCAAACCUCUUCUCCAGGUUGCGGUGGAAAGUUCGAUGGGGUAGCUAUGUGGUUCGUCAACGGCGUUACAAUGGCUUUUUUCGCUUCUUUGAAUCGUUGCUCUUGCAUCCGCAUCGCUACUAAAGAAGACGUGGAAGAUGCCAACGAUUUGCCGUUGAUGUUCGACGACGGUAACCUCCGCCAUGAUGAUGUCUCCGCCGCUGCAACCACCAGCCGGAGAAGGACCGGUAAAGGGGAGAAAAGUGAAGCUGUACUUGUCGAUUAA